CUCACGUUCCUCAGGGAUCCAGAGCAGCUUCUGGAGGUUCUGGUUCUGUAAAACCCAGACUGUGUUUGUCCCAGCAGCUGUUCUGUGUCGGUGUUGGGUAAGAUGGGAAAACACAGCAGGCUGAGUAAACUCACCUUUGGGACACUCACACCGUCCCAGAGGAAAAGUCCGUCCUCUGACCGAUCAAUAAGUGAUAAAGAGGCUCGGAGCCUCUGGCCGUCAGUCCUGCUGCUCAGCAUGAAGCCGUCGGUUCUGCUGCUCAGCAUGAAGCCGUCGGUUCUGCUGGUUUGGGUUUGGGUUCUGUGCUGGAGGACGGACGCUCAGUCCUUCCUGGUCACAGCGCCCCUGUCGGUGAGGCUGGACGCGGUGGAGACGGUGUUUGUCCAGCUGUUCGGUUCCUCCACGGAGGAAACGGUCUACGUCUUCCUGAAGACGUCCAUGGCCGCGGACAGCAGGGAGCUGUCCAGGGACUCCCUGCGGCUCCACAGCCAGAACAACCACCAGGGCGUCGCUAAAGUCCGGUUGCUGCCACUUCCAGAGAAUAAGGAUUUGAAUCAUGUGAUUCUUCACGUCCAAUCAAACGGGAUCAACCGUCACCUGUCCAUCCCGGUUUCCCGAUCCAACGGCUUCCUGUUCCUCCAAACAGACAAACCGCUCUACACGCCUCAUCAGAAAGUCAAAGUGAGGGCGUUCUCCAUGAACCAGGAGCUGAGACCAGCCAAUCGCAGCGUCUUCUUAACCUUCAAGGAUCCGGAUCACAUCACGGUAGACGUUGUGGAGAUUGUUGAUGUGAACAAUGGGAUCCCGUCGAUGCAGAACCCCUUCAGGAUUCCCAUCAAGCCAAAGUUGGGAAUUUGGACAAUAGAAGCUUCCUACACAGAUGAUUUCACAACAAAAGCAAAGACGGAUUUUGAAGUUAAAGAAUACGUUCUUCCUAGUUUCUCCAUCCAAAUGAACCCACGGACAAACUUCAUCAGCCACAGUCAGUUCAGCCAGUUCCACUUCAAGAUUUCAGCCAGGUAUCUCCAUGGCGCGCCGGUGGCUGAAGGAGAGCUGUUCCUGCGUUAUGGAUACGUCAGGGAGAAGAACGCUCCUGUCAUCAUUCCCACAUCAGUGACCAGAGAAAGACUCUCUCCGACAGGUGAACUGGAUGUGACUGUUAACAUGCAGAAGGUUCUGCACAAACACGAUGGACCGAGAGACCUGGACAGCCUGGUGGGGAGCUACCUGUAUGUAGCGGUGCUGGUGAAGGAGGACACAGGUGGGAUCACCCAGGAGGCGGAGUUUGCUACUGUGAAGUUCGUCAGGUCGCCGUACCGUCUGAGCCUCAUCUCGACGCCUCCGUUCAUCAAACCGGGUCUUCCUUACAACAUCCAGGUGUUGGUGAAGGAUCACCUGGACGAGCCGGUGAGCCUGGUGCAGGUGCGUCUGGUGGAGCGUCAGCUGGUCAUGAACACAGGAGGAACGGAGGUCAUGUCCUGUGGGGAGAGCAGGAGCAGUGGAUCUGAUGGCCUCUUGUAUUUUAUCUGCAACCCCCAGAAAAAUGCAGUCAGGGCGCAGCUGAAGUUUGAGACGGCGGACCCCAGCCUGACCGCUCAGAGUCAGGCCAGUCUGGCCCUGGAGGCCGUGGCCUAUCACUCCCCGAACCAGCGGUACCUUUACAUCGACACGCCCAUGUUCGGCCACACCCUGCGGGUCAACCAGUACGCCAACAUCCAGGUGUACACCGCCGCUCCCUCCUACCUGAACAUCAGGACUCUCAACUACUUGGUGCUGUCUAAAGGGAAGGUGGUGUUCUUUAAAAGUCAGGACUUUGCCUCCAGCGUUGAUGGCAAACAGAACCUGAACUUCCUGGUGACGACCUCCAUGGUGCCGUCCAUCAGGCUGCUGGUCUACUACAUCCUGGACGGAGAAGGAACGACUGAGCUGGUGGCGGACUCCGUCUGGAUGGACGUCAAAGACAAGUGUGUCAACGGCCUGCAGACCAACAUCUUAUUCCAGGAAAGACUCUACAAGCCAAAGGAGAACAUCAAGCUGGACAUCAGAACCAAUCAGGGCGGCAUGGUGGCUCUGUCGGCGGUAGACUCUGCUGUCUUCAGCCUGCGGCCCAAUUACAGGGACCCUGUUUCCAUGGUCCUUCGUCACUUCGAGCACAGCGACCUGGGCUGUGGAGGCGGCGGCGGCAAAGACAACGCCGACGUCUUCCGAUUGGCUGGCCUCACCUUUAUGACCAAUGCCAACGCCGCCCCGUCGUCCAGCAGUGAGCCGUGUACAGCCGCCGUUCGUCCAAAGAGAGGAUUGACCGACGCACAAAAGGAAGCUAAAGCCAGAACGUUCGGCUCCAGGAAGAGCUGCUGCUUGGCGGGGAUGAAGUACAUCCCGAAGAGCGUGAGCUGCCAGCAGUACGCAGACCAGGCCUUCCAGAGGCUCGGAGUGGCGAACGAGGAGUGCAAGGCGGCCUUCAGGCAGUGCUGCCAGUUCUACCAGCAGCACCUGGACCAGGGCGACCGGCUGGUUCUGGGACGCUACGAACUGGGCGCAGACUUCGAUCAGGCGCCGCUGGUGAGAAGCUACUUCCCAGAGAGCUGGCUGUGGGAGGUGCAGCGGGCCAGGUCAGGUCAGCUGUCCAUCAGCAGGGCUCUGCCGGACUCUCUGACCACCUGGGUGGUGAAAGCCGUCGGCAUGUCUCCAGAGGGCGGGAUGUGUGUGUCGGAUCCUGUGAAGGUGUCGGUCAACCAGCCGCUCAGCGUGGACGUCCCGCUGCCCUACCAGGUGGUCCGAGGGGAGCAGCUGGAGCUGCAGGGCUCCGUCUACAACCAGCAGGACGACGUCAUCACCUACUGCGUGACGCUGACGGCCGGCCCGGCGCUCUGCCUGCUGAAGUCCCGGCCGACGCCCAGGCAGGAGGGGCAUCACACCACGGCCUGCAGCUGGAGCCGCCUCGCUGCGGGGGGGGUGGGCAAAGUGACCUUCACCCUGCUGGGCCUGGAGCCUGGAGAGCACACCCUGACCUUCACCCUGACCGUCCAGUCAGGGGUGAGAGACGUUGUGAAGAAGACGCUGCGUGUGGUGCCUGAAGGAGUGAGACAGGAAGUGAACUCUGGGGGGAGACUGGAUCCGCAGGGACUCUACGGUUCAGAGAAGCGGACUGUGGUGCUGAAGAACAUCCUGCCAGAGAAUAUGGUUCCCAACUCGGCUGUGGAGAGACUGCUGACCAUAAACGGCGAGCUUCCCGGCGAAGUCGUGUCAGUCAUACUGGACCCCGAGGGCCUCAAGCGGCUCCUCAGCCUUCCUCCUGGGUCAGCAGUAGCAGAGGUCGAUAGGCUCCUCCCACUCAUCCAGGUGUACCAGUACCUGGAGACCAACAGCAUCUGGGACGUCCUGGGAGAAAACGUAGAGAAGAACUCGGGCGAGCUGAGGCAGAAGAUCAGAGACGGUCAGGUCGGCCUCACGUCCUUCAGGAACGGAGACAGCAGCUACAGCAUGUGGAUGAACUCUGAACCCAGCACCCUGGUCACAGCCGAGGUGGUCAGGACUCUGUCUCUGGCCGACCCGUUCGUCUCCGUGGACCAUCAGUCGCUCUCAGACUCUGUCAGCUGGUUGAUCCGCAAAACUCAGCAGCCUGACGGCUCCUUCGUGGAGCGGGCCUCCUCCAAGAACAGCCGGCUCAUGGUCAGUGGGGUCGGUGGGCCUCCUCUGGCCUCCUAUUUUUCUAACUGGGUUCUGAUCCAUGUUGAUUCGUCUCCUUGUCGUUCCUCCUCUCAGCUCCAUGACAGCAGCAAGCGUUCAGCAGCAAACUACCUUUCCCAGCAUGCCCUGAAUGUGAAGAGCAUGUACGUGCGUGCGGUGGCGACCUACGCUCUGACGCUGCAGGACGCCAGCAGGGCGGAGGCGACGCAGCUGCUGACCCGCCUGGAGCAGCAGGCGCGGCAGAAAGGGAACCCGGUUGUGCUGCGGUACUGGCAGGAGCCCAGCGUGACGGCUGAUUGGCUGAAGCCUGAUAAAUCCAGCGGUCAGACGGUGGAGAUGACGGCGUACGUCCUGCUGACCGUCCUGCUCAAGGUGCAAACAGCUUCCCCUUCAUAAGGCUGAUAAAAACACUUUUAUAAUAUCACAGUNNNGACCCUGGAGGCCCUGACCGAGUACAGCAAGGUCGUUCCUAAAGCCGUGCUCAACCAGGACAUCAACAUCCGCAACAGCAGGCAGGAAGAGCUGAACCGAGUCCAGCUGAGCCGCAGCCGCCCGGUGGCCCCGCCCCUCCAGAUAACAAAGAAUGAUGACAUCAUCGUGAGCACCGGCUAUGGGAGGGGCGUGUCCAGUGUGAAGAUGAAGACGGUUUACUAUCAGACCACGGCGUCCACCCAGACCUCCUGUAACUUUGACCUGACCAUCGAGCUGGUCGGACCCGGCGUCUCCACCAAUCCAACCAUGCAGGCUCCUCACCUGGUCGCCUGCGUGAAGUACCGACCUCCACCCACCGAGGUUUACACCGAGUCGCUUCUGACCGUCAUGAAGAUCCAGCUGCCCACAGGCGUGGAGCCGUACCUGGAGGACCUGAGACAGUUCACAGACGGAGACUACCCGUCUGUCUCCCACUAUCAGCUCCAGGGAGACACCGUCGUCAUCCAGAUGGACUCUGUUCCCUCUGAGGUCUUCCUGUGUGUCGGGUUCCGGGUCAGAACCAGCUUCAGGGUCAUUGGUGCUGCUGAGUCCCUGAUGACCGUCACAGAACCUCAGGACAAAGGCAGCCUGUGCACCAAGCAGUUCUCCAGCGAGCUGCAGAGGCUGCAGCGCCUCUGUGUGGGCGAACAGUGCCAGUGCAUGGCAGCUGCGUGUGCGACCUACAGAGGGAGCAUGGACGCCACUCUGACCGCAGCCAAACGCAUCGAGGAGACCUGCCAGCCGCAUAUCAAAUACGCCUUCAAGGUGACGGUGAAAUCCUCGGCAGCGGAGGGAGACUUCAUGACCUACACAGCCACCGUAGCUGAGGUCUUCAAGAAGUCUGAAGCGCUGGAAGCGGCCGGUCCGGGCAGCUACCUGGACCUGGUGAAGAAGGCGACCUGCAGCAGCGUGGAGCUGCAGAACAACCAGCAGUACCUGGUGCUGGGCUCCGGGGGGUCAGAGGUCACGCAGGGUGGCGGCUCCAGGUACCGGCUGCCUCUGGACUCGGAGGCGCUGGUGGAGCUGUGGCCCGCGGCUUGUAGUUCUCCAGAGUGUCAGGACUACAACUCCCAGCUGACCAGCUACGCUGUGGACCUGCAGCUGUUCGGCUGCCCCUGACCCGCGGACCGGGUCAUUUCUGGACCCGGUUUAAACGUGAACGGGUCCGAGGCAGAACUCUGCAUUUAUUAAACAUUCAUUAUUAAUACACAUGUAUUUUUUCUAGUGUUGGAAAAUAAAUGAAGUUAUUAAACAAAAA